AUGGGAACAACGCUGUCAGUGUCACCAGGCUACCGUAAGGCAGUGCUGCGCGACGAGGCAGCACAGAACAGCAGGAACACCAAGCGCUCAUCGGUCAUUGGCGUGUUCCCAUGGAAACGCAUUGUAGCUGUUUCAGCAAGACGGAAAGGGUCAAAGAAGCUCCCCGUGGGAGGAGGGAGUCAGGAGGAGAGCACCGUCAGGGUUAGUGUCAGCCUCGAUGGUAACCUAAACCUCAAGAAGUCUCAGUCGUAUGCUAACCUGUCAGUGUUCACACAGGAAGGAGGGCUAAAUGUUCCAAAUUCCAAAACCACUAGUGACAUUGCUGUAAGUGCUGCCCUUGAGGAUCAGGAUCAGGAUCAGGAUGUGUCGGAAGGGUCCAGAUCAUCGAAGCGGAUCUUGGUCCAAGCAACAACCAGUGAGCUGCUGCGCAGUCUGGGUGAGUUCCUGUGCCGUCGGUGUUACCGACUUAAGCGUCUAUCACCAGGAGACCCAGCACUGUGGUUGCGUGGUGUGGACCGUGCCCUCUUGCUACAGGGCUGGCAGGAGCAGGCCUUUAUCUCACCACCAAGUGUUGUCUUUCUCUACAUGCUGUGCCGCGCAGUGGUCUCGGCUGAGGUCGGGAGUGAACACGAGCUGCGCCUAGAACUUCUCACCUGCUUAUACUUGAGCUACUCUUACAUGGGCAGCGAGAUCUCAUACCCACUCAAGCCCUUUCUGUUGCAGCAGGACAGAGAAGCAUUCUGGGAUAGGUGUCUGCAGAUCAUCCACUGCACCAGUCCUAACAUGCUAAAGCUAAAUGCUGACCCACACUACUUCACACAGGUCUUUGCCGACCUGAAGGGCGAAAGUCAGAGAGUGGAAGGGGAGAGAGUACCUCUUGAUCGAUAA